AUGCAUAAUGAUGCUGAAAUAGCUGACAGUGGGAAAACUGAAAUAAUUGAAUAUUAUAAUCGUCCCAAAGGUGGUGUUGAUCGAAUGGACAAAAUGUUUGCGGAAUAUCCAGCACAAAGACAAACAAAACGAUACCCACUAGCGAUGUUCUUCAACAUGUUGGACAUUACAGCUCUUGCAGCCUACAUUGUCUACGAUUUGAAUAACCCUAUGUUGCCUUGGAGAACAAACAACAAGCGUAAGCAGAUCCUGCGCAGUUUGGCUGAAGCAUUGUGUAUGCCCAUUAUUGAAGCCAGAGCCAUAAAUCGUCAAGUGACGCGAAAUUUUUCGACUAAAAUUGCUAUUGAAGCAUAUUUCAACCGACCGGUGGAAUCAAUGGUGUCAACAGCAGGAUCAACAUCUGCCGCAGCGCGCAAGAAAUGA